AUCUCUUUCGUUUUUUAUCGCCCUCUCAUGCCUCUCUCUCGCUCUCUUCUUUCUUCUCGCCGAUAAAGUACACACGAGAUCGACCGUUGUCUUUGGCAGGGCUCUAAAGUGACACCGUUUCGUAUUUCGCCCGUGCGUGUGUUCCUCGGGCUCCUCGCCGCAGUCUAAGCGAACGCGCACUCGCUUGCAUCUUACACCGCGGAGCGUAACACACAUCACGAUAACUCGUCGAUCGGGGAGCGCGCUUAUCGUUUCGGGCCCGGUCCGGGUUUGGCCUGGCGUCAUUCUCAAAUCUCGUUGUACGAAUUUCGCUUAUUUUUACAGCGUCGAAAGUGUUUGAACAACGACCCAAGGAAUAACGAGAAAACAGAGCAAACGAAUGAAACAUUUUGCAUCGUUCUGAGCGUGAUUACGUCCGAAGCUUCGGUGCCUUUAUUCUUUCAACGCUUUUUUUUCUUUCGCCAAUAAAUUCUCAUGUUGAUGUAGAACGUCAUGUCGGUGAUAAACCUCAAGUUCACAAAGUUCGAUAAUACGCCAUGGGGCUUUCGACUGGCGGGUGGAAGCGACUUUCCGCAGCCAUUGACCGUCAUCAAAGUGGCGGAAGGAAGUCUCGCGGAAUGCAUGGGCCUGAGAUUGGGUGACAUAGUGAUGAGUUUGAACGAUCGUCCUGUGAGCAGUUUGACACACGGUCAAGCCCACGAAGCUCUCGUCCUCGCUGGCAACAACUUCAGUUUAUCGGUUCUCAGACCGAUCGACUGUUCCGAGAGCGUCGAAGUUAUUCAACAAGAAAAUAUCGUCCCGUACACGAUACCCCUCGACCAACUGCCGCCUGUUUUCCCGGAAGAAAUUCUAACUGCACCCGUCGAAGAAUACAGCUUCGUGGAGGAAACGCGGGAGGAAACGGUCGAAGUGGUGCAAGAGGAAAUUCCCCCGAAGCCUGUCGACGCCAACAGCGAAGUUGUUCCCAACAAGAAUCUCACCGACGAGGAAAUCGCACAGUUGAUACUCGAAGAGGAGGAGUUGUUGAUUCCCGAUCAAGGAGUCUUGGGCGUCAACUUCAAGAAAAUUCGGCCCCGAGUCGAAAAGUUGAAACAAUCCAAAGUGUUGGAGGAAUUGCAAAAAAUCGCGGUCGAGGAUCCGCCGCGUGUGCAAGAGUUGAAGCACACUUCGACCUUCCUCCAGAAGCCCGAGCGUCCGCCACCCCCGUCGAAGAACGACCUCGACAAGCAGACGAGAGCGGAGGGCGAGCAGUACAGGGUGGUGAUAAAAAAGCAACAGAAGAAAAGUGUGACGGAGCGGCUGCUGGAGCGAGGACUAUUAGAGCCGCGCGAAGACACGGGAACGCCGGAGCCACCGAGCGAGGUAAAAGAUCCUCCUGAAAGUAAAAUACCCGAGGAAGACGACGGGCUCGUCGUCGAGCCGAUAGAAAUGUUGCAAGUCGUGCCGCGAGUUCGGGAAAUUCACAUUCUCGACAAUCCGCCAUCGAAGAGUGGAGCUCCGGCGACGAGGGCGGGCGGGCCGAGCGAUCAAUUGAAAACUUCGAACAUGCGCGAUCUCUUGAAACUCCUCGACAGCGUCCAGAGCCUCGAGGCUCUGUUGCUGCGAAAGUGUUCUCAGGAAGACGCUCGCGCGGACGUCCCGAGGCCUGUCGAGAGCGCGCCGAGGGGCGAUUCCGAUCGGCCUCCGGACACGUGCACUCUCGAUUAUACGCCUUGGUGCAACGCGUUCAAAACGGAAGUUCAAUUGGAAGUUCCGAGCGACGAAGUUUUCGCGGAGUUCACGAUCCACCUCGGUCCGCCGCACGAUGGUGGGCGAGGCGAGCUCGCGGAAUCUCCGGAGGAAACGAGAGUCGAUCGAGCCGACAAGAAUAAUCGAUUUUACCAGUUAAUUCACUCGAACGAACCUCGAAUAAGCGAUGAAACUUUGGAGACUCGGAGCGAGGACGAAUCCCGUGACACGCCGAUUUCUCGGGCGUUAAACAAGCGCGAUUCCCAUCGAAGUCGUUACCCCCAGUCGUGCCUUUGCGGGAAGAAAAAAAUGGGGAAACUCCAAUUCGCGAAUCGCAGCAUUAAACUGCCUCGGAAAGGGCGAUACUUGGAGAAAUAUUUGUCCCGAAAUUUCGCUUCGAUUUACCGCUCCUUCGAUCGUUUUCUCCGCGCUAAAAAAUCUCUCAGACUCUCCAAACGAUAUCCGAAGAAAAAGCGUUCUUAUUUCGCGCGAGUCGUUCGCCACAAUUUCGAUAUUUUCCGCAAGGGAAAGAACUACUUGAAAUCCUUCGUUUCGCUUCAACCACAAAAACCGAAGCGACCCGAUUUUCGUAAGGCGCGACCGGCCGCCCGGAAGAGGAUCGUCCGCGCCUCCCGUGGCCGCUACGUCCAAAAAAUUUCCCGAGCCUUUUGCUCCCACGCGAGAGAACUCGUGAGCCGAGAAAACUCGAGGAUCUCGGGCGAAGUGAUUUCGAAAAAAUCGCGCGCUUUUUACGACGCUCUCAACGAUUUCGUACGAACGACCGGGUGCUUCGUGAACGAUCAAAUUUUCAGCAGAGCGAGCCAGCCUCGUUUGACCCGAAAGUGGCGUUACGUCAAUCUCGAGUCUUGCCUCGAAUUCGACGACGAACAGUCCCAAAAAUCGCUCUCCAAAUCGGGCUCGAUCCAGUCAAAAACAAACAACGAGAAUCCCGAUUCCGAGUAUUCCGACGACGAUAAUUCCGACGAGAACGCGAUCGAAAAUGAUUACGAAGCUUCCAAUAACUUGCAAGAAAAACGUCGGAAUCCCAUCGUUUCCGACAUCAUUUAUUCGUGCUCGAAUUUUCAAAAUUUCGUUAAACUUUCAGCCUACGCCGUCGUCCCAUUCACGUCGAUCAUUUUCCUCUAUUUUUACACGUAGUUCAUCGCGAGCAGAUUUCACUCGAUACGAUCACGAAAAGGGUGCUCUGAAUUCCCGAUUUUUCAAUCACUUCUGUCCAAAUUUUCAUCUUUUCUUUCUUUCUCGUACAAUUUUUAAAUCCUCAAAGCGAACAGUGGAUUUUCGUGAUCGUAAACGGUCCAGUCUCUCCCAAUCGAUCGUUCCACUUUCUUUUUUCUUGCAAUUCAUUAAUCAUGCUCUGUUUUGCCAUAGAAAAGGUAGACACCGCAAUAAAAGGUUGACAGAUCACCGUGGAUCAUCUGAAACACACUGAGAUGAAAGAGAAAAGCCUGUUGAGUAACGUGAAAACAAAAGACACGCUCGGUGCGAGCGUAUGCGAUGAAUUUGUAGAAUCUUUUGUUUCUCAAUAAUUCGGCAUGCUAUUUCGGACAGGAAAAACGAAGCAAUUGAUUGUUAACCGCUUGGGAUUCGAGGAAAAAAGAAAAAUUCGCUCGAAUCGAAUCGAUUGAAGUUCGAAUUUGAGAUUAAACUCGUUUGAGUGAAUGCAAAUUCAUGGGAUUUUCAAUUCUUUGGGGAAAUUGCGAGAUCGCGAUCUUCGCGAUUCGAUGAGAGCGAAUAAAUUUUUCCGCUCUGAUAAACUGCUUGCUAACCGGAAGUGCUUAGUUGUUAAAGGAAAUGAGUGUGUAACGUGUGGCGCUAGAAAUAAGGGAGGAAAGCUCACUAGCGAUGCAUCACGAAAGCAAAAGAGAAACGACACUGUUAAUCGCACCAAAUCGAACGAAAAUAAAAUUGACGUUUUCGUCGUUGAUCGAUCGAAAA